UGUCAAAUACCGCUCCAGAGAUAGAUAGAAAUAACACGCUGAGAACCAGAAACAGAGAGAAUCAGGAGCAACAGAAGAAGUUGCCAUACUGCAUGCUACAAAUAGUCUGUCUGCUCAAGAUGUUAUAAACGAUGCGAUGGAGAUUUAUACUGUUGAUGAAACCUUGUCAUCAGACUCAGGAGAGAUGCAGACAGUGAUGACUAAAAAAGAACAUAGAUUGCUCACUAAGAAGGAAAAGAUAGCAGCAGGCAUCUGGGUCCCCAACAGGACAUGGAAAAGGAGGAAACGAGAGCUAUUGAGUUCCACUGGUGAAGGAUUGGGUUUUUCACAUAUGAAAAUGACCACAUUAGAAGACACUCCUCAAAAUGCUCAACCAUCUCCUUUAAAAAAAUAUAAAAGCAAUACAUCAGUAGUUAGUUCCACUGGUGAAGGAUUGGGAGUUUCACAUAUGAAAAUGACCACAUUAGAAGACACUCCUCAAAAAGCUCAACCAUCUCCUUUAAAAAAAUAUAAAAGCAAUACAACACUAGUUGCACCUACUGCAAAUGAGGCCAGCUGCAAAAACCAGGCUGCAAUCUGUAAAAUGGCAGUAGCACCAGCAGCUUACCCUGAUGCGAGAUUUUCUGCCAAAGACUGUGAAAAGUUACAAGACAGGCUGAUGGAUUUGGUACUCGGGAAUGACAACACCAAGAUCCCGCUUCAGUUUAUUAAAACCUACCCUGAAAAUGGGGCUCUUGUUUUCUCUUGCGGUAACAUCGAAACCGUUGACUGGCUAAAGGGGGUGGGUCCCAACCUGGCGCUUGAAGGCGAAGGAGGCACUAAGGUAAUUGUGGCAGAUUAUAGAGAUCUGCUGCGUACGACCAAGGUGUUCUUGCGAACUGACAAGCGUAUGGCCAAGAUGGAUGCCACCCAAGUUUUAAACCAGGUUCAACGGCAAAACCAUGGUUUGACAACCGAGGAUUGGCGUGUCAUUGGUGGGAAGAAGAAGGAAGAUCACCGUACUCUGGUUCUUGCAAUUGAUGAAACAAGUGCAAAGGUUUUGAAAGACCGUGGCUGGAGGAUCUACUUGGGCUUGGGUCGAGUGCAGCUCAUAGUACUCGCAGGUGCUUCCUCGGAUGACCGAAGUCCUAAAGGAGAACCUACAACGCAGUAAGGUGGUCACUGCAAAAUCAAGGUGUGUGGAGUAUAAAAGGUGGGCCAGACUAAGUGGCCUGCGGUGAUGAUGUCACUAAAGACCCGGCGGUAAUGGCUUCCAGGCCGUGUGACACAUGUUGAGACUAGUUUGUUGUUUGUUUCUUGUUUAAAAUCUGCAAUUCCUUUUCUUUUCUUUUUUAACUUGUGUAGCAUGGCAAGAAGGCCGCCACUAACGCAGGGUAUGCUUUGAAAUUAUCACACAGAGCCUGGUCAGUCUUGUCCACUUCCUGUAUACAUAGUAAGUACUCUGUACACUUUGCUUAAAAGUCGUCCUUAGACUUUGUACUAGUGCAAAAAUCACUCAGUUAUAAAUUUCAGA